CGGUAUUCCCAAUCGGAGCUUCGUCCGUACAGCUACCGAGAAAUGGACGAUUCCGUUAGAGUCCAAAGAUUCGAAGAACCUCCUUCGUCCAUAGAAUUCGAGUCUCUGAUCGAACUCCGAAACGCUCCCGCGGUGUUUACUGGAUGUGUUAAGGACUGGGCAGCUUUGGCCAAGUGGAAUCCAUCGAAUGGCGGCCUCAACUAUUUGCAGGAACGGGCAGGAUCAUGCAUUGUGGAGGCCAUGCUUUCAAGAUCUGCGCCUGUAUUUAAUGGUGAUCUGAGAAGCCACGAGAGGAUUCCCUUACCAUUUUCUACCUUUAUUGGUUACUGUAAGCAACAAAAUCAAAACAAAGAUUAUGGUCGUGAUGUCCAUUCUGAAUUGGAAGAACACGGGCUAACAGGGCCCAAUGCAGAACAUGGAGAAGAUGCUCCUGGACAAAUCUAUUUAGCACAGGUACCAAUAAUGAAUGUUGAGGAUGAAGAGAGGGUUCAGUUGGAAAUUCUGAGGGGAGACACUGAACUGCCUGCAAUUUUGGAGAGGAAACCUCUAGCUUCUAUCAACCUGUGGAUGAACAAUGCUGAAGCUAGAUCCAGUACUCACUAUGAUCCACACCAUAAUCUUCUAUGCAUAGUUGCUGGCCGCAAACAAGUGGUCUUAUGGCCUCCUUCUGCUAGUCCCAUGCUAUACCCAAUGCCAAUAUAUGGGGAGGCCUCAAACCAUAGUUCUGUUGCUUUAGAAAACCCUGAUUUUUCAAUUUAUCCGAGAGCAGAAUUCUCUAUGGAGUACUCGCAGAAGGUUGUUCUUCAUGCAGGUGAUGCGCUUUUCAUUCCUGAAGGCUGGUUCCACCAAGUAGACAGUGAUAAUUUGACCAUUGCUGUUAACUUUUGGUGGCGGUCCAACGUGAUGACUUGCAUGUUAGAGCACAUGGAUGCGUAUUAUUUGCGCAGAAUAUUGAGAAGGUUGACGGACAAAGAGAUGGACCAAGUGCUAAAUAAGACCUCUUCUGCUGGAAUUGGGAAAAUGAAGAGGCACGUAAGCGAGCUGCCUAGUAAUGGAAAAGCAGAUUAUUCUGGCAACGAAUUGGAUCUGGCAUGUGAGGAAAUAGAUUUGAAAGGGAAAGAACUGCAGCAUAAGAAUCUGUUGGAGCUGGAACCUUUUGCUCUCCAGGUGCUUCAUGAACUUGUUUCUCUGGUCCAUGACCAUGUUAAUGUUUCUGAUCAAAGUCAACCAGUGCAAUCCACUUUCAUAAAUGAUUCUGCUGCUAGAGUGAAAGGCGAAUGUAAGGAAGUUGCAACAGCUAAUUUAUUUCACUUGGAUGAUGAUCCAGUCGCUAAAAUUCUUUCGACCCUCGAACCAAGUACUUUGCAACAUGUAUUUCUUGCCAUAGCGCACAACUUCCCAAGAACUUUGGAGGCUCUAAUAGUUCAUUUACUUUCACCAGUGGGGGCAGAAGUUCUUACAAGGAAAUUCGAUGAGAUGGAUCAACAGAUCACUGAGGAAGACCGGAACAAAUUCUACCAAGUCUUUUAUGGUGCAUUUGAUGAUCAAUUUACUGUAAUGGAUGCAAUUCUAAAUGGGAAAGAGUCAUUUGCUCUCCAGGCAUUCAAGAAUGUGCUGGAUAAAUUCAUGGGAGUCAACUUGGAUGGACCAAAACCAAAAGCAGGGGACUAAAUGACACUAAAAAAUGGGCCCACAGAAGCUUUUUGUCGUAUCGGUACCUUUUGAUACGAGUAAUCCACAGUUUUGUAUAUGAACAGUGCUGUGUGCAUGCUAUUUUGACUUCCUUUGAAUGGUUCACUCAUUUCGGAUCCAACAUGGUCCAUUAGAACUGUAGAGAAAAACACUACUGAGAGGUCGGCUCCUUUAAUAUUCUUGUGUCAGGGUAUUUUCUCUU